CUAAAACAGAACAAUAUACUCAGAAUGGCCUCAACCGUUGACCGUGAAAAGGAAUGCCCCUUCUUAUUAAGAGUAUUCACCCAUAACGGUGGUCAUAACCAUAUCGCCCAAUUUACUGUCGAUUCAGUUCCAUCAGAAGAAUUAAGUCUUUAUACCUGGAAAAAUGCAACACUUGAAGAACUUGCUCAACUCAUUGAACAAGUAAUUCCUGAAGCACGGGAUCCCGAUGCCAGAAUCGCUUUUAGACUAGUUUAUCUUGAUACCGAACGUGCCAGAUACCAAAGUCGAGACAUUGGACGUGUUGUACCUGCAAAACCAACUGAAGAUCAGAAAAAGACUUUAGAAGAAUGUCAAUUCUACAUUGGAGAUUAUUUAGAUGUCGCUGUAUUCAUUGGACCUCCUGUAAAUCAAUUGAGAGGAAACCGUCAAUUUGGUGGCAGAGACAGCGGAAGGGGAUCUCGUGACGGUGGUAGAUUUGGAGGCGGACGUUUAGGAGGAAAUGAUAGAGGUGUAAGAAGAAAUUUCGGGGGAGCACCUUACAACAGAGACAAUAGAGACAACAGAGACAAAAGAGACAGCAGAGAUAGUAAUUCCAGAUUUGGCAGUGGUGGAGGAAGACCUCAAGGAAGAAGAGGCGACCGUUUUUAAAUAUACACUAGCAUAAUAAUAAUAAACAAAAACUGGCUGGUUUAUAAAAGGUAAUGGCCAUGAUGCAAAUAGGAAA